AUAACUCAGUCUCGCCAGUUAGUCCCCCUUACCGAGCACUACUCUCCCUCCCACUUCCCCAAUGCACGUUGCCGGAGAAUGGCAAAGUGUCACCGGAGCAACGUCGGACCCUUGAUUCUUGAUCGCCACGAUCCUACCACUAAUGCAGCCGUCGGCGGCCACUUCCGACUAUGGAAUGCACUCUCGGCCUCCUCACUCCGUCGUAUCAUUUUUGACGCCGUGAGCUGCGGCGGCGGCUCCCGUUAUCACCACUCCCACUAUGACGACUUCCGCUCCACUGUCUCAACCUCGACGUCAGCCUCCGCGAACUCGAAGGAGAAGCACCGAGAACAGAGGCAGGGACACUCCGAGUAUAAGCGUAACUCCAAUGAGAGGUCCGAGAAACUGUCGGAUCUUCUGCAUAUAGCAGACUCCGAGGCCCGUGCCGAAACGAAAAAGAAGGAAGAGGCGUUGCGGGAGCUGAAGCAAAUCGUGCAGGAGUUGCAAGCAGAGGACUUGACGAAGCGGCAAGUGGCAGCUUCAAAUGUUAGAUUGCUCGCCAAGGAAAACUUAGAAGUCAGAGGGACUCUCGCAAUGCUUGGCGUCAUUCCUCCUCUGGUUGGAAUGCUUGACAUGGAAGACGCUCUCUCUCAUAUCGCUUCUCUGUAUGCGUUGCUCAAUCUCGCGAUCGGCAACGAUGCAAAUAAAGCAGCCAUUGUCAAAGUUGGCGCUGUUCACAAGAUGCUAAAGCUCAUUGAAUCUCUUACUGCUUUGGAUUCAUCAGUCUCUGAAGCGAUUGUUGCAAAUUUCCUUAGCUUGAGUGCUUUAGAUUCAAACAAACCAAUCAUUGGAUCCUCUGGUGCCAUACCUUUCCUCGUUAGAGCCCUUGCAAAUUUAGAUAAUAAAUGUAGCUCUCAAGCUAAGCAAGAUGCUCUACGAGCACUGUACAAUCUUUCAAUUCUCCCAACCAAUAUCUCAUUCCUUUUGGAAACCGAUUUGGUUCCACAUCUGAUAAACACAAUAGGAGACAUGGAGGUGAGUGAAAGAGUCCUUCUCAUCUUGAGCAAUCUGGCAUCAACUCCAGAGGGCCGAAAAGCUAUCAGUGCUGUGCGGGAUGCAUUCCCAAUUCUGGUUGAUGUGUUAAACUGGACAGAUGCACCAGGAUGCCAGGAGAAGGCAUCCUACGUUUUGAUGAUUAUGGCACACAAAGCUUAUGGUGACAGGCAGGCCAUGAUUGAGGCUGGGAUUGUGUCAUCAUUGCUCGAGUUGACACUUCUGGGUACCCCAUUGGCACAAAAAAGAGCCUCUAGGAUAUUGCAAUGUCUGAGAGUAGACAAAGGCAAGCAAAUUUCAAGGAGUUGCAGUGGAAACUUACACGAAAAUGUCUCUGCUCCUAUCUGUGGCUCUUCAUCAUCUUGUACAAAGGCACAUGGAGGUGGAAGAAGGUCUGUGGAGGGGCAGGAAGAUAUGAUGAGCGAGGAGAAGAAAGCAGUGAAGCAUCUAGUUCAGCAAAGUUUGCAGAAUAACAUGAGGAAAAUUGUGAAGAGGGCUAACAUACCCCAGGAGUUCGUUCCAUCAGAACAUUUUAAGUCACUCACUUCAAGUUCGACUUCGAAGAGCCUGCCGUUUUGAAGGCUUUUAGCUGAUGAAGGGGAAGUCGAAGUUGAAGAGAAUGAACCAUGUAGUUGAUCUUCAGAUCUUAAUUUUGCUGAGCUUUUGGUCCUGUAGCUAUUUGCUAGCACUUGUAAAAUAUUAAUAAUUAUUAAUUAUCAAUUAUCAGUAAGAUAAGAAUAAUCCAAGUGCUUUUUCUUUAUGGGUUUCUCA